AAUGUUUUGGUGCCCGAUCAGCUUCUGGCGGAGGAGAGAGAGGAAGGAGGAAAGGAGAAAGAGAAAGGCCCGAGAAGAGAAGAACAGAAGGAGGAGGAAGGAGGAAGUCUCGAGAAAAGAAGGAGAAGAGGAGGAGAGAGGAAGGAGGAGAGCAAGAGGGAGUUGACGGGAGGCGAACUCUGACGGAGGAUCACCAAUGCCUCGCGACGGACUGGUCAGGAGCAGGCUAAUCCUCGGGAAAAUAGAAAUAUACUUGUACAGGAUCAUCAAUGUAGGUAUACCCUUUGCAAUGGACUGGAUCAACUGCAAUUCCUGUUGCCGUCAGCCAGGAGAUGAAAAAGAACGCACUUUUGUACUCACCAGCUGUGGCCAUAUCUUCUGCGAUGUUUGUUUAUCUCAGGUUGAAUCAAAAGAAAAAUGUGCAACUUGCUCUACGAGAUGCCAACUUAUCCAGCUUUCAUCCAAGAUGAAACCAGAUGCAGAGAUGUUCUUUCUGGAGCCAGGAGAACUUCUGAAGAGACAGAACAACCAGAUCAACAGACUCUUAGAGUUUCAGAAAGAACACCGUAUUCGUUUGGUAUCUUUUCAUAGGAGAAUUAUCCAGAAGUACAAAGACCUAGAGAAAGAGUUCAGAUCAGCUUCUGCCAACUUAAAGGAAAUGGAAAAGAAAUAUGUAGCAGCUUCUAAGCAUAUCCAGGAGCUGGAAGGAGAAAAUCACAAGCUUCGAGAAAUGGUAUCUGGGCAGGGAGGGACCGGAAGCAGUGCCACACUAGGCCACUUCUCCUCGCCUCACUCCUCAUACCAGAGGGCGAUUACAACCCAGAGGAGCUCUCCACAUCAAGCUCAGGUGUCCCCCGGGGGGUCAAGAAUCAGCCCUGGCCGUCUCACCCUGGUGAAGACCACUCCAGGGUGCCCAGGGACAUCGUGCAGCCCCACCCACCAGCAGAAUGCCCCGUCAGCCCAGUAUGUCCAGAGUGGCCGGCCUUCCCAUGCUGGCCAGUUUGCUUCCUCACCGCAGGUUCACCAAGCCCUGGGGCUGCAACAGACUCAGGCUCAGCUCAUGUCUUCAGGUGGUUUGAUGCAAACACCAACAGGCUCUGGAAUGAAAUAUAUGAAAUAUCCAAGUCCAGUCCAGCAGUGCGGAACUCCCCCUUCAUCCAGAGGGAUGCUGGGCUCCAUGGGCAGACUGACCCCCCAGCCACAGGGCCAGCACUGCCACCCUCCAGUGGGAAUGAAGAGUGGGCAGCAGAUGGCUCCCCACCUCCAUGGGCAUGUGGGCUUCCAGGCACAACAGAGGUUACAGCUUGAUCAGAGGAUGGCACCACACCACUCACGGCUCUACUCCCCCCACUUGGCAGGGUCAUCUCCAACUGAGGGCUUUGGAAAGGGUGGCUCUGGGCACCUCCCUUUUAGACAUUUGGUUUAGAAAGCCGAAAUUAGGAAUUCAGUUAGGGCAGGAUUACAUUAUUCCAGUUGGUGAAGCAGACAGAAACGGGGAACAAAUUUAUGGCACAGUGUAAUUUUGUUGCUUAUAGGGAUGUGGAUAUGUAGAUUGAUGUGAUCUGAUGCAUAGGUUUGAGGGAGUUUUAUGUCAAGGUUUUGGAUUUCUUGAUAUUUUUACUGUGUUGAGGAAGCUCCUGUGAACAAGCUUUUACUGACAUUUCAAACAAAGAAAAGGUAAAAUGUGUGUUUUUUCCUCUUCAUUUAUUAUUAUUAUUUUUUUAUUGCAGGACUUGUCACAAAUUAUGUACAUAGCACAAAACACUUUGAAAUUUAUUAAGAGACAUUUGUAUAAGAAAAGAAGCCAGUUCUCAUCAUCCUUUCAGAGGUGUUUUGGUAAUGUGGUACUGACGUUUGCAUAUGUUCGUAUGUUCUCUACAGAAUUAUAAAAGAGUCAAGAAUAAAUUGGUGUACAUUUGCACUUACAUAUCAGGCAAGGUACACUGUGUAUCAGAAAUAUACAUUUUAUCAACCAGAAGGUUGUUUUGUGUGCAGACUUUAUAGAAACUUUGCAUAGUGCAUCCAUGGAAGUGCAAUAAUUUUGAUUCAGCAUUUUUUCAUUAUGGUAUUUCACAGACUCCACAUGAAUGGGAAUUAUUUUCACCUAUUGCAAAUAUACAUUAUAUUUGUGGUGGGAGCUGCACAUAUUUCUUGUGUAACAUUGUGAUUCUUAAAGUUAUAU